GUAGCGAAUUUCAUUUAAUUUAAAUCACAUGAUCAAAACACACACAAUACAAAAAAAUACAAUACCGUCACAAAAGACUUUCUUGUUGUAAAAGAAAUCAGAAAAGAAAGAAAAAGAAAUUGAGGCUUACGCUGAAAGUCCUGAACGUUUUCUCAAAAGUUUAUUCAUUAAAUUAUCAAGAUAACCACUGUCUGCAGCUGGGACAUCAAGCGCCUCACAGACCAUUAAACAUAGAAGACUAAACAAAAUAAACAUCAUCAUGAAACAUCUUACCACAUUGGAAAAAAACUUUAUGGAAUGCUAUCUUUUGCUCCGCGCUGAAAUUGAUAAAGAUCUCAAAACACCAAUUAUAAGCGAAAUGGCGUUAUUGAAAGUUGGAGAAGCACUCGGCUGUUGUUAUGGAUCAUCGGGUGGUCAAGAACCGAAAAGAAUUCUAACUGUGGUCAGAUCUGGGGCAAUACGAUCUGACCUCAGUAACGUAUGUACCCGGAGUCGUGCUGGAAGGCCGAAAAAGCGUGUAAAUAGAGGGUACCAAAUAUUUAAAUAAAGUUCUUGAAAAUGCCUCACAUAUUUUCAGAAAGGCUGAUAGAACAUCCGUGAACCAAUGGUUUCUUCAUUGUGCAUAGACGUCCUAAGUUACCUCCUGUGAGCUUUCUUAAUAAAAUUUGUAUUCAUUAAUCAUGAAUUUUAUUAGCAAAACUAUGUUAAGAACUGAAUCCGUGCGCCAGAGGUGCCACUACCAAAG